AUGUACUUAGGUGAAAAGAAAGCAACAUACAUCGUACAUAUAAUAAUCAUUCUUGUCAAUAUGAUUCAUGCAAAUGGUAGCCUAGAUGCUAACAGUAAAGAGAUACUCAAUUUGCAUGAAAAAUACAGACAGGAUUUGAUUGAUUGUAAAGUUGAUGGACAACCUCCAGCUAAAUAUAUGUCACCAUUGAAAUGGAAUUACAAUCUGGCUGCACAAGCACAAAAAUUGGCGAACAAAUGCAUCUUGCAACACGACAAACGUCAUUCGGAUGAAUUCUCUUGGGUUGGACAAAAUAUUGCUCUCCAUCCAACCAUUAAGUCAGGAGUAGAUGCUUGGUUCAAUGAGCACAAAUUAUAUGACUACAAUCAAAACAACUGUAUGGCAUGUUUGCAUUACACACAAAUGGCUUGGGCCAAGACCACAGACAUUGGAUGUGGAGUUGCGAGUUGUCCAAGAUACGGUCUAUCAAUCGUGUGUAAUUAUGGUCCAGGUGGUAAUUGGAAUAAUGAGAAACCAUAUGAAGUGAAAUCACGUGGAUUGUGCCCGAAAAUGCAGAAUAUUCCUAAAGAUAGUUUUCAAAUGAUGCGUGAUGAUACACUGCGUGCACCAUUAUCAAUAGUGAAUGUCAACCACAAGUUGUCAUCGAUCGGUUCAAGUGAAGGUUUAGUUAACGAUCAACCCUCCACAGGAUUGCAAACGACGUUUGAUGAGAAAAGCCUUGAAAUACUCGAACUGCACAGAAAAUACAGACAGGAUUUGGUUGAUUGUAAAGUUGAUGGACAACCUCCAGCUAAAUAUAUGUCACCAUUGAAAUGGAAUUACAAUCUGGCUGCACAAGCACAAAAAUUGGCGAUCAAAUGCAUCUUGCAACACGACAAACGUCAUUCGGAUGAAUUCUCUUGGGUUGGACAAAAUAUUGCACUCCAUCCAACCAUUAAGUCAGGAGUAGAUGCUUGGUUCAAUGAGCACAAAUUAUAUGACUACAAUCAAAACAACUGUAUGGCAUGUUUGCAUUACACACAAAUGGCUUGGGCCAAGACCACAGACAUUGGAUGUGGAGUUGCGAGUUGUCCAAGAUACGGUCUAUCAAUCGUGUGUAAUUAUGGUCCAGGUGGUAAUUGGAAUAAUGAGAAACCAUAUGAAGUGAAAUCACGUGGAUUGUGCCCGAAAAUGCAGAAUAUUCCUAAAGAUAGUUUUCAAAUGAUGCGUGAUGAUACACUGCGUGCACCAUUAUCAAUAGUGAAUGUCAACCACAAGUUGUCAUCGAUCGGUUCAAGUGAACGUUUAGUUAACGAUCAACCCUCCACAGGUUCGCAAAGAACGUUGGAUGAGAAAAGCCUUGAAAUACUCGAACUGCACAGAAAAUACAGACAGGAUUUGGUUGAUUGUAAAGUUGAUGGACAACCUCCAGCUAAAUAUAUGUCACCAUUGAAAUGGAAUCACAAUCUGGCUGCACAAGCACAAAAAUUGGCGAACAAAUGCAUCUUGCAACACGACAAACGUCAUUCGGAUGAAUUCUCUUGGGUUGGACAAAAUAUUGCUCUCCAUCCAACCAUUAAGUCAGGAGUAGAUGCUUGGUUCAAUGAGCACAAACUAUACGACUACAAAGAAAACAACUGUAUGAAAUGUUUGCAUUACACACAAAUGGCUUGGGCCAAGACCACAGACAUUGGAUGUGGAGUUGCGAGUUGUCCAAGAUACGGUCUAUCAAUCGUGUGUAAUUAUGGUCCAGGUGGUAAUUGGAAUAAUGAGAAACCAUAUGAAGUGAAAUCACGUGGAUUGUGCCCGAAAAUGCAGAAUAUUCCUAAAGAUAGUUUUCAAAUGAUGCGUGAUGAUACACUGCGUGCACCAUUAUCAAUAGUGAAUGUCAACCACAAGUUGUCAUCGAUCGGUUCAAGUGAACGUUUAGUUAACGAUCAACCCUCCACAGGUUCGCAAAGAACGUUGGAUGAGAAAAGCCUUGAAAUACUCGAACUGCACAGAAAAUACAGACAGGAUUUGGUUGAUUGUAAAGUUGAUGGACAACCUCCAGCUAAAUAUAUGUCACCAUUGAAAUGGAAUCACAAUCUGGCUGCACAAGCACAAAAAUUGGCGAACAAAUGCAUCUUGCAACACGAAAAACGUCAUUCGGAUGAAUUCUCUUGGGUUGGACAAAAUAUUGCUCUCCAUCCAACCAUUAAGUCAGGAGUAGAUGCUUGGUUCAAUGAGCACAAACUAUACGACUACAAAGAAAACAACUGUAUGAAAUGUUUGCAUUACACACAAAUGGCUUGGGCCAAGACCACAGACAUUGGAUGUGGAGUUGCGAGUUGUCCAAGAUACGGUCUAUCAAUCGUGUGUAAUUAUGGUCCAGGUGGUAAUUGGAAUAAUGAGAAACCAUAUGAAGUGAAAUCACGUGGAUUGUGCCCGAAAAUGCAGAAUAUUCCUAAAGAUAGUUUUCAAAUGAUGCGUGAUGAUACACUGCGUGCACCAUUAUCAAUAGUGAAUGUCAACCACAAGUUGUCAUCGAUCGGUUCAAGUGAACGUUUAGUUAACGAUCAACCCUCCACAGGUUCGCAAAGAACGUUGGAUGAGAAAAGCCUUGAAAUACUCGAACUGCACAGAAAAUACAGACAGGAUUUGGUUGAUUGUAAAGUUGAUGGACAACCUCCAGCUAAAUAUAUGUCACCAUUGAAAUGGAAUCACAAUCUGGCUGCACAAGCACAAAAAUUGGCGAACAAAUGCAUCUUGCAACACGAAAAACGUCAUUCGGAUGAAUUCUCUUGGGUUGGACAAAAUAUUGCUCUCCAUCCAACCAUUAAGUCAGGAGUAGAUGCUUGGUUCAAUGAGCACAAACUAUACGACUACAAAGAAAACAACUGUAUGAAAUGUUUGCAUUACACACAAAUGGCUUGGGCCAAGACCACAGACAUUGGAUGUGGAGUUGCGAGUUGUCCAAGAUACGGUCUAUCAAUCGUGUGUAAUUAUGGUCCAGGUGGUAAUUGGAAUAAUGAGAAACCAUAUGAAGUGAAAUCACGUGGAUUGUGCCCGAAAAUGCAGAAUAUUCCUAAAGAUAGUUUUCAAAUGAUGCGUGAUGAUACACUGCGUGCACCAUUAUCAAUAGUGAAUGUCAACCACAAGUUGUCAUCGAUCGGUUCAAGUGAACGUUUAGUUAACGAUCAACCCUCCACAGGUUCGCAAAGAACGUUGGAUGAGAAAAGCCUUGAAAUACUCGAACUGCACAGAAAAUACAGACAGGAUUUGGUUGAUUGUAAAGUUGAUGGACAACCUCCAGCUAAAUAUAUGUCACCAUUGAAAUGGAAUCACAAUCUGGCUGCACAAGCACAAAAAUUGGCGAACAAAUGCAUCUUGCAACACGACAAACGUCAUUCGGAUGAAUUCUCUUGGGUUGGACAAAAUAUUGCUCUCCAUCCAACCAUUAAGUCAGGAGUAGAUGCUUGGUUCAAUGAGCACAAACUAUACGACUACAAAGAAAACAACUGUAUGAAAUGUUUGCAUUACACACAAAUGGCUUGGGCCAAGACCACAGACAUUGGAUGUGGAGUUGCGAGUUGUCCAAGAUACGGUCUAUCAAUCGUGUGUAAUUAUGGUCCAGGUGGUAAUUGGAAUAAUGAGAAACCAUAUGAAGUGAAAUCACGUGGAUUGUGCCCGAAAAUGCAGAAUAUUCCUAAAGAUAGUUUUCAAAUGAUGCGUGAUGAUACACUGCGUGCACCAUUAUCAAAAGUGAAUAUCAACCACAAAUUGUCAAGGAUUGUUUCUAUUGGAAGUAGAGUUCACGACCAACGUAAAGACGAUCAACCGAUUUCUAUUAAUGCUUUCCAAUAUAUUCGUCGUAAUACACAGCCCAAAUGGAGAUCCGGAAGGAAAGCUUUACAAAAGUUUUAA